GGCGAAUGAAAUCUGAAAGCAACUAGGCAGGCUCGAUCCUCCGAUCGUCUGUGCUUAAGCGUAACGCUACAGAAUUUUCUCUCUAUAUAUUACACAGAUCUUUUUCUAGGGUUAUUGUGAAAAGCAUAGGAAAUAGGAAUGGAAGUUGUGGGAGAAAUAGAAGGACAGUUAAAGAUCUAUUCUGAUGGCUCUGUGCUGCGCCUUCCACACCCCACCAUACCCGUCUCUUCAAACUUUACAGACGGCGUUGCAUCCAAAGACGCCAUUAUAAAUCCGGAAACCGGCGUCUGGGUUCGCAUAUUCAGGCCGGAAAACGCUUGUGGAAAAUUGCCAGUCCUCAUCCAUUUUCACGGCGGUGGAUUCGCGGUUGUUUCCUCAGCCUGGGUAGAAUUCCACACAUAUUUGCACGCUUUGUGCAAAACCGCCGGCAUACUAAUAGUUGCUGUGGAUUACAGGCUGGCACCAGAGCACAGGCUCCCUGCGGCCUACGAUGACUGUACGGAGGCCGUCGAAUGGGUCGCAAAGCAUGCUGCUGAGCCAGCAGAGUCGCCGGAGGAGUGGCUGUCGCCGUCCAUCGUAGAUUUUUCCCGGUGCUUUUUGGCGGGAGAGAGCGCCGGAGCGAACAUUGUUUACCACGUGGCACUGCGAGUUGCUGAGCUGGACGUAAGCCCGUUGAUGGUGAAGGGAGUGAUUGCAAUUCACCCCUUCUUUGGGAGUGAGGAAAUGGCUGAGUCAGAGAAACGGGCAGAGAUGGUGAAGGCUGUACAACUUUGGAAAUCCAUUUGGAGUAUAGCUCUGCCUGUGGGAUCUACCAGAGACCACCCAUUCUGUAAUCCGGCGGUUUCGCCCCUGAAGCCUGGUUUGAAAUUACCGCCGGUUUUGGUAGCCGUAGGAGGAAAAGAUGAGCUUCACGAGAGAGGAGUGAUGUUUUAUGAAUACCUCAAGAGUUGGGGGAAGGAGGCGGAAUUGAUGGAGGACGAAAAUGGGGUCCAUGGUUACCACGUCAUGUUUCCUGAAUAUGAAGGCACUCCGCGUUUUAUACACUAUAUUUCAGGUUUCGUUAAUAAUCGCUAAAUCCACCUUUAAAAUCGUUGCCUCUUACUUCUAUAGCAAAUGGAGCGCAACUAUGUUGCUUGUUCAGAAUUAGUUAAGUUUUAUUAUAGGGCUUUUGUGGGCUCAAAAUGAUUAGUGGAGCAUGUUAUUGUGUAUUUAUUUAUGCAAAGAAUGUUUUGUUUGUCAGAAUACUAUCAAUUUUGAACC